AAGUCACGCAAAAAAUUUGAAAUUUUGGAUUUACAUUUGAAAAUCUUCGAUGCCACAACCAGUUCAACAGCCACUGAAACAACUUACCAACGAAAAAAGACAGCCUCGUGUUGCUUCCAACAAAGCAAAACAAGCUAUUUCAAAUAUUUCUCAAGGAUUCAUUAGAAGGAAGCAGCCAGAUGUUUCUGACGAGAACCAAGAAAAUUCUCUUACUCCCUCGUUUACAAAAGAACAAGAAAGGGAAAUCGAAGAUAACAAAGGAAAGAAACGAAAUUCUAAAAGGCCAGCAACAAGUUCAAAUUUGCCGCUAACAGAACGAACAGAAAGUGACCACAAUCAACAGUACAAGCAACUAACCGGAAAUGAAGACAGAGAAAAAGACUUCGCUGCAAACCAGAUCCAGUCAAUCAUGACUUCAAAUACAAAUGAGAAAGACGAAAAAGACAUAGAAAACGUCAAAACCAACGAAUUUAUUCGAGCGGAGCAAACCAAAAAAUCGCCAAAAAGUAAAAAAGAAAGAAGAGGACCAACAAUUGGACAAGUCCUUAGAAUGCGAUCUUUUAAACCCACUGAAAUGAACACUUACAUGACUUGCGCCAAAGAAAAUGUUAAAAGAGGUACAGAAUUAUCCAAAGAAUUCUCUCAUCAAGUUUUCGAAACUACGGAAAGCCACAAAAACUGUACGGUUGAAAAAAUUGGACAAGAAGAAAGGAAAGAGGAACGUGACGUUACCCUUCAACAAAACGAGUCUGCGAAACAGGAUUUCUCCUCUCAAGUCAACAAUGCAUUCAAAUCUGCGAAUUUUACAAAACAAAGAAAGGAUGUAUCCCCAACUGAUAUUACCAAUUCUGGGAAACUUGGAAAUUUAGACAAGAAAGUUCAGUCAACAAAAGGUUGCAAAGAUAAUUUGGAGGUUAAUAAGCAGAAAGAAUCUGUUCAAAGUACAAAAUUACUGCCAGAAAGAUAUCCAUGGGAACAAACAGGUUAUGCCGAUGGUGUUGGAAUGUCAGAAAUUCUCAGCGAAGAGGAAAUAGCAAAAGAAUGUGUAGAUUGGACAAUAAUACUUCAAAGCCUGGGCAAUGAUUGGAACCAUCGUGCAGCUACAUUGAAGAGAAUUCGUGUGGCAAUUUCGAAGCCAUUCAUUAAUCAAUCCUCAAAAUUUGUCGAGAUACUUUCAAACGAUGCACUCACCAAUGCUCUGAUAACUCAAACAACAGAUCUUCGUUCUUCUCUUGUAAAAGAAGCAUUCGAGACCAUUGCUACAGUUUCAGAAAAAUUAGGUGACUGCCAAAGGUUCUGGUUUGUAGCUUCAAAAUUCUUAGAAAAAGCUUGUCUAGCAUCUGUUGUACGAACGACCAAAGUUAUUGCUGUUCCUGCGGAGGAAUGUGGACAGAGAAUAGUAGCUUCGACGCCCGCUGAAGCUGUCUUACCGGUUUUGUGUUCUACGAUUCGUUUCGGUUCUCAUCCCGUAGCUAGAGAAAAGGCAACUAACUACCUUUUGAAAAUUCUAAAAAGAGGGAGACCUCUGAUACAGGAUCCCCACUGUGCAACUGAACUCGAAAAAGGGGAAGACGUAAAUCCAGAAAACAGUGAUAAAACUAAAGCUGGUCUAUAUACCGCCUCCGAGUUUAUGACUGACGCUUCUGCCUUAGAAUGCUUGAGAGACGUAGUCAUUUCCUCGAUUGGAGACUCUCAAGGUAAAACUCGUGAAGCUGGCUUGUGUUGUUUAAACGAAAUGAAGUCUCACUGGCCAGACUAUACAACGAGUUUGCUUGAAAGUUUAGAUCCUUCUCUCCAACGUCGCGCAGUAAAUUCUUUAUCGACAAGCUCUAACGAAGGAGUUUCGACAAAACAGAAAAAAGAGUUCAAAACCAUCAAAGAACUCAAAGCUGAAGCCCGACAGAGUAAGGAUCAAAAAAAUUCUUCAAGUGCACUUACAAACAAACUUGUAAGUGACGAAGAAACUCUAUCUGUUGCAAUAUCUCAAGUGAAAAUUGAUGCGAGCCAAAAGCCCAGCAAAAAUAUAGCAACAUCUCGUAAAAGCAACUGCGACAACUUAUUUUCGGACGAGAAAACUUCGAGCAAGUCGGAAAACAUAGGUUAUCCAAUUCGCAAUUUACGCAAUAGAACGAUUCAUAGUUCUAAUUAAAUUUGUUUUCUUCAUCUGAUGCUUUUGUGUCUUGAAGAUUAUUGCAGACUUGUUCUUAUGUAAAGAAGGCUAGUUCAGUUUUGUUU